AUGUCUGCUACCGUUCAAGGAGAUGUCUGCAAUCAUGUGAAGGUAGUAGUCCGUGUUCGUCCAGAGAGUCAAAAAGAGAGAGAUGGCAACUUCAGCAAAGUCAUCCAGGUUGUUGAUAAGCAUAUAUUGGUCUUUGAUCCCAAAGUGGAAGAAGUCAGUUUCUUUCAUGGAAAGAAACUUCCAUACCGUGACCUUACCAAAAGGCAAAACAAAGACCUCAAAUUCGUGUUUGAUGCUGUAUUUGAUGAAAAUUCUUCACAGCUGGAGGUCUUUGAAGAUACUACCAAAAACAUGCUGGAUGGCUUUUUAAAUGGCUACAACUGCACAGUGCUUGCAUAUGGUGCAACUGGAGCUGGAAAGACUUAUACAAUGCUGGGCUCCCCGAAGGAUCCUGGGGUGAUGUACCUGACCAUGAUGCAGCUUUACAAUUCCAUUGAUCGGAUGAAAGAGGAGAAGCAUUGUGCUAUUGCAGUUUCAUACCUUGAGGUCUACAACGAGCAGAUACGUGACUUAUUAGUAAGUUCAGGACCACUAGCUGUUCGAGAAGAUCCUCAGAAAGGAGUACUGGUUCAUGGGUUAACUUUGCAUCAGCCCAAAUCUGCAGACGAGAUCUUGCAAAUGUUGGAUUAUGGAAACAAAAACAGAACACAACAUCCCACUGAUGUGAAUGCCUCCUCAUCUCGGUCCCAUGCUGUCUUUCAGGUUUAUUUGAGGCAACAAGACAAGACGGCAAGUAUCAAUCAAAACGUCCGUAUUGCCAAAAUGUGUCUCAUUGACCUGGCCGGAUCGGAACGUGUCAGUGCCACAAAGGCCAAAGGAGCUCGCUUUAGAGAAGGGGCAAAUAUCAAUCGUUCACUGCUCGCUCUUGGCAAUGUCAUUAAUGCCUUGGCAGACCCAAAGAGUAAGAAGCAGCACAUUCCUUACCGGAACAGCAAGCUUACUCGUUUACUGAAGGAUUCUCUUGGAGGAAACUGCCGCACUGUAAUUAUAGCUGCUGUUAGUCCUUCUUCUCUGUUUUAUGAUGACACGUAUAACACUCUUAAAUAUGCCAACCGAUCCAAGGACAUCAAAUCCUCUCUGAAGAGCAAUGUUGUGAGUUUGGACAGCCAUAUAAGUCAAUAUGUUAAGAUUUGUGAAGAACAAAAGAAAGAGAUCAUAAUGCUGAAAGAGAAACUGAGAGUAUAUGAGUUGGAAAAAACAUCUGUUCCCAUUAAUCAUGACACAGCUGUAUUUACAAGUGAACAACAGGUGGAGAUAGCAAGGUUUAGAGAAGUUUUGAAGCGUCUGUUCGCAAAUCGAGAGGAGAGUAGGAAAGAAUUCCUCAAGCUGGAGGUGCGACUUAAAGAAAACGCCCUUAAAACCCAUCAUCAAAAACUUUGCCAUGAACAAAUUGAAAUGAUGUGUUCUCCAGAGAGGUUGGAAAAGGCAACGGGAAAACACGAUCAUCGGCUUGCUUUACUUAAAACCCGUCGUUUGCAUAUGGAGAAGAAAAAAGAGGAGGAGAUUAAAUGCUUUGAAGACAACACUAAUUGGUUGCAUCGGGUGGAAAAUGAAAUGCGCCUCCUGGGUCAAGAUGGCCAUAUUCCUCAGGAGCUCUGUAGAGACCUGCAGUGCUGUCAUUUGAAGUUAGAAGUUAAAGAUUUGAAAACUCAAAUUGAAUACAUGAGGACUCUAGCAUCCCUGCAAGAACAGCACAAUAAACAGACUGAAAAGAUACUAAGUGCUUUGCUUCCAGUUUUACGGAAACAGUAUGUCGCUUUGAAAACCGCAGGGUUAGCCAAUGGUGCCAUUGAGGAUGACUUCAAGGAGUUUGAACAGCUGAUUCACAGAGAAAAAGCUGUAGUUUGGGCUGACCAGAUGGUUGAAGAAGAACCGAAACAAAAUGAUCAGCCAAUGAUGUCUGCUCUUAUGGCAUUUCCACAACUUUUGAGCUAUCGGAAUACUCCUUGCCGUACACCUUCAGGUAUGCCAUCAGAAAAAGUCAAGACACACGUACAAGGUGAGGCAGAAUAUGGACUACCUCCUAACAAAAGGGCAAGGCGGAAAUUGAUGGAGUCUCCCCUGACAGUACAAAGUCCUAAACCCUCUAGUCAGUCAAGCCCUAAUCACCUAGUGGAUUCUCUCAGCAAAGAACUGCAUCCCAUUGUGUAUACACCAGAGGUUUGCAGGAAGCCUGUGGAGAAUCUAUAUACAGAGACUGUGGCAAAGCAAGUAUUGAAUUCAGAAAAUCUUGAAGAAACGAACAGUUGUAUUGCACAAAUUCAGGAGCCAUUAAAGCAGGACAGCCCUGGGGAUAUUACCUAUACCAUGACUCCUGCGGACAACAUGAACUCAACCAUUAUUCUUUACGAUGCAGAGUGCCCCUCCAAUGUAUCUGAAAACAAGCAGCAGUCAACCAGCAGCAGCAGUGUUUUACAAAGGCUUGGUCUUCCUUCACUGUUGAAUAGGCAGCCGGGCCCCAUACAUGAGAAGCCAUCUUAUAUGGCCAUGACGUCUGCUGCUGAGAGAAAAAGGAAGAUGUUAAGUUCAGGAUCAAGCACUGGAUUAAUACAAGAUCAUACAGUUGCAAAACGUAUGAGACAAGACCCUGUGUUAAAUAAUAAACCUCUAAGAGUACCUAAAACCACAGGAAUUAGAACAAGAAGCUGGAAGCAACAUGAUGGGCUAAGAAAACAUCUCAAAAGUAAUUUCAAGGAAAAUGCAGCAGUGGGCAUGAAAACAUUAAAAAAAGCAUUUUGAAUGG